GAUACUUAGCUUACUGCUUAGAUCGCCACGAAAGGGUACGAACAAUCAAAGCUUACUGCUAACACGUUGAGAGCUUGGAAUAUUAGCACGGACACGCAAAGGGCCUGCGAGCAACAUUGAUACAAAACUGACUGCAACACGUCCUCUUCCUUUUCUUGUUGUGGGGGAAAGAUACAUUAUUGCAAGAGUGUCAGCUCGGAAUGAAAUGUUAGUUCUUUGAACAUCUUUUAGAUUUCCUAGCUAGAACAAGCACACCACAUAGAGCUAGCUAGCCGGAGAGAAAGAGAGAUCAUGGCCAAGAAGAUCUUGGGGGCUAUGCAUUGGUGGGACGAGUGGCAGCUGCGCGUCCUGGUCCUCGGCAGCCUUGGCGUCCAGUGGUUCCUCCUCUUCGCCGCCCCGAUGCGCAAGUACACCAUCCCGCGCUGGUUAAGAACCUUCAUCUGGCUGGCCUACAUCGGCAGCGACGCACUGGCCAUCUACGCGCUCGCCACCCUCUUCAACCGCCACGCCAGCAGCAGCACCAGCAGCUGCGCCAAUGGCGGCUGGUCGAGGGCCCUGGAGGUGCUGUGGGCUCCCGUCCUCCUCAUCCACCUCGGCGGGCAGGAGGAGAUCACCGCCUACAACAUCGAGGACAACGAGCUGUGGACGCGCCACACCGUGACGCUCGUGUCGCAGGUCGCCGUCGCCGUCUACGCCUUCUGCAAGUCGUGGCCCAGCUCCGGCGACCGCAGGCUGCUGGCGUCGGCGAUCCUGCUCUUCGUCGUCGGGAUCCUGAGCUUCAGCGAGAAGCCGUGGGCGCUCAGGAGAGCCAGCAUCAACAGGCUGGCGGCCGUGUCGUCCAGGGUGCACGGACGGGAGAGGAAGCCUCGCAGAUGGUGGGGGCUCUUCACCAAGCUGGAAGACAAUAAGUACAUCCGCUGGGCAAGAACGACGCAUUAUUGGACGACGGACAAUCAUCAAGAUCAGGUGCUGUCGGACGGUGACAAGGUCCACAUGAUCCUCUCGGAUAUGUCCCUGUUCGCCGCCUCCUCCGACCUGACGAAACGAGAGCUGAUGAGGCAAGACAGCAUCAGAGCCGCUGAGAUGAGGCGGCAGCGCGAAGAAGGAAAGACGGUGCAAAUUCAAGUCGAAGGUGAGGACGAAGUUCUGGGGCCUCUAAGCCCCAGCGCGGACGAAGUUCUGGGGCCUCUAAGCCCCAGCGCGGAGAUGGGCUCCAAGCGCUGGCUGCGCAUGGCGUUCCGGUUCAUCUACACCAGGGUCAACGUCGCCACCACCCCGGCGUACCUGGCCUUCCACUUCCUGCUGGUCCCGGCGAUCCACGUCGCCGCCAUCACGCUCUUCGCGGCGAGCCGCAAGCGCGGGUACGACCCCACGGACGUCAAGAUCACGUACGUCAUCCUGUUCGUCACCGCCGCGCUCGACGUGCUCGCCGAGUCCAUCCGCCAGCUGCUGUACAGGGCCAUGUCCGCGGCAGGCGUCCCGGCGCUGUGUGAGACGCUGCCCCAGUACAACCUCAUCGGCUCGGCUCGCCGGAGGAUGCACCCGGCCGCCGGCUGGCUGCUCAAGAGCGCGGCCCACCUCGGCUUGGAGGAGGAGUAUUUCGUCUGCGGGCGCGAGAAACUCUACAGGAGGGUGGCGGGGUUCGUCAUGCUGGACCUGGUGCGCGCCACCUACGUCGACCUCGCCACCUACCGGAGCUUCACCGGCAGCAACUGGGCUAUGAGCGUGGAGCUGCAGCAGCGAUGCGGCCCCAUGGUACGGCGCACCCUGCGCGAGUCCUUCGACGAGAGCGUCCUCAUCUGGCACAUAGCCACCGACCUGUGCUUCAGCCGCCGCAGCCCUCGGCCGCCGCCAGGCGCUGGAGGCGGGACCGGCGACCAUGAAGAGUGCACGCUGGCGAUAUCCAAGUACAUGGCUCACCUGCUCAACUUCCGGACGGACAUGCUGAUGACAGGCAGCAGGCGCCACCUGCUCACCGAAGCUUUGGAAGACCUCGAGUCCAUCCUCCUCCGCCCGGACCUCGACGACACGGCCCUGCUGGAGGCCAUCCAGAAGGCCGGCGAGUCGGAGCGGCACAAGUAUCCUCUCAUCCACGAUGCUUGCAAGCUCUCCGACGAGCUGAUGGAGGUGCGGCCGGAGGAGACGCGCUGGGAGCUCAUGUACCGCGCGUGGCUGGGCAUGCUCUGCUACUCCGCCAGCAUGUGCAGGGGGUACCUGCAUGCCAAGAGCCUGGGCGAGGGCGGCGAGUUCCUCUCCUUCGUCUGGCUCGUCCUCUCACUCAAGGGGGCCAAAACAUUGGCGGACAAGCUUCAGAUGCCGGAGCCUGACGCCCAGGACGAUGGAGGAGCACGGCGACCGCGGCAAGAGAUGCCGAGAACGUCGACCGACGACCUGGCUUCCCUGGUCGAUUGACUCACAAAAACCGAUCGACUGCCUCGUUUGCCUGUUUGUGUUUCUUGGUUGCUGUUUAAUGUUAGUAUCACGUGAUUAUCCGUAUCUAUCUAUGUAUCAUGCUUCCAUGGUAUCAUACCAGAGGUCAAUAAAAUCACGAUUUCAUAAAACUCCUAUGACUGGCCUAAUAACCUUAUCAAUUAUUGCACUGAAAUCCUAGCCACCAGCUGCCCACCGCUAGCUAAUCUGCAGCUUUCACUAUAUAUCGUCAACAAUUUUUACAUAUCUUUUUAGGUCAAUGGUACCAUAACGCUUAAUUACCUAGUACUAGUCUGCUGGA